GCAGUUAUAGCCACAAUCAUGAGAACCCCAGGUAUCCUGAUAUUCGGCUUGGUCUUGGCACCCUGUGGAUGGAUCCUGAACCUGACCAGCACUGUUGCGCCCAACUGGCGCACCAUCAACUCCCUUGCUAAUCAACCUCAAGACUUGGUGGUGGAGCAGGGAAUCUGGGACAUCUGCAGGACUUUUACAACGUCAAGAGUGCAACAGUGUAACCAACGAAGCAAUGACCAAACAUAUUUUGACCAUCAGAUUAUUUUAGUUGCUCAAGGCAUGAUGGUCGCAUCCUUGAUCGUGACCGCAGUUGGUUUGGCUGUGGCAACACCUGGAGUCAGAUGCUGGAGGGACAAUCCCAGAUGGAUGUUGGCUUCUCUUGGCGGUCUCCUUAUUUCCUGCUCCGGGGUCCUGACCAUCAUCCCAAUUGCAUGGUACACCCACGUUUUGACCAGCAUCAACUCCACCUCAAUCAAAAGAGACCCAGCAAAAGCAGAUGAUAUUCGUGUAGGAUACUGCAUCGUUCUGGGCUACAUUGGGGGUAUCAUGGAGGUCCUUGGGGGAUUUGUGAUGUUCCUUGGGAUAUGCUCCUGCUGCGGAGGUCGGAACCGUGGAGAAAAGCCUCAAACCAACACAGGCAGAACAACAUUUAGACCAACACCUAUACCAAGGGUCAACAUACCAAGAAGCUAUGAUGUAAGCAGUGAAAGGAGCAGUGUACCAUAUUCUAAAAAGUCACUGGAUGAUGACCUGGACUUCCCAAGAGCUAAACCUCGAGACAUGGGGUCUAUUAACACAUCAUACACUGGCAGGCCUUAUGACGCUGAUCUGUGAAAUUCUACAGUUUAUGAUAUAUUACUCGACCACUUUGUGUACUUUGAAAGAAACUGUCAAGACCUGAUGGCAGUUUGAACACUUUGAAGGAAUACACUUGGUGCAAAAUUUGUUACACCAGUCAUACUAUUGGAAAUAUGUUGAAUGUUGACAGCAGUCAUUUAUUGAACUUGCCAUUUAUGGAAGGUGGAAUUUCCCCCAAAAAAACAUGAAGGUUAUAAAUUUGCCAUUUAAAAUGACCUAAACAUAUCCUUCUGUUAAGAUGAACAUAAAUUACUUUAUCUGUAAGAAAUUAAUUCAAUUACUUUAUACUGACUAAAUUCUGAAAGCAAUAAACGUUUUUAAUGUACAUACUAAAAUUAAAUUCCCCCUUUCAGUCAUAGGGUUUUUAGGACUGAACUUCUGUGAUGUGGCAUAACCAGUAAAACAGGUUGGUUACGUUUUUUCUGGAAGCCUCGCAAUGUGGGAGAUAUUUGAAUGGCCAAGUGAUCCAUUAGCCAUGUGAAUGAAACUCUAUAAACAAAAUUUGUCAUGAUGGACUAUACAGACAAAGUAUGUUGCUUUUGCUCUACAAGGUAUAUUUUGUACAGUUUAUUGUUUAAAUCAAUACAUUCUGUACAUUAAUUUUACCUUUAGGCCUAUUUAUAUGAACACAAUCAGUCUUCUUAUAUUUAAAAUGGUUAGUAUACACUGUAAAAUGCCUUCAAUCAGGAUUCAGGAAUGAUCAAAUUAGUCUUUAUUCAGAUAAAACUGGGAAGUUGUUGAAUCUUCAACUGUAAAAAAAGUGCAGCAGUUCCAUAAAUUUAAGUUUAAAACCAUGAUACUGUAUGAGAUGAUUUCAACAUGAAGGAAAUAUAAUCUUGCAAUUGAAAAAUGCAAGAUUCUAUUUCCUUCAUGUUGAAAAUUGUGAAAACCAAAAAGUCAGUAUCUAGAAGACAACUUGAUUCUUUAGAACUGUAACAAAUAGAUAAUAGGACAACAUCUCUCAAUUACAGACACUCAAAAAAACAUCCUUUACCUUUUAUUGUUGAAAGACUUUUAGUCUAUUAACAAUAACUCUUUAUCUUUAUAAUAAAACACUGUCCAAAUAGUGCUGAUAACACUGCACAUGAACUAGACCAACUUUAAACUUAACAACACUGUAUUGAACCAUGUUUUAUUUGUGACACUUAAAAAUACCAUGACUGUGUUCAACAACAAGCAACCUGAAAUACCUGCCAGUGACAGGAGUCCAUAAAACCCAUUCAGUAUUUAUUCAAACUCACAGUCAGGACUAAAGUAAAUAUAACAUUAAAAAUAGCAGCUGCAUACCUGGCAUUGCUCUGCAACUAGUCAACAUGUUUAUGAUGACAGACAUUCAUCUCCCCCUACAGGUGUGUCAACCAAAUUCAUCAUCAAGUUUUGAACAAAAACAAUGCAAAGGGCUGUCAUAAAACGUUUCGUAUACAAUCAUUCUCAGUCAGGUGCAUUAUAGUAACUACUAGAGGUUUUCAAUUCAACAGAAUAACUUUAUACAUAGUAUGUAAAUAACAUUAAAGAUACACAGUAUACACACUUGUGUACAAUUGUUACAUGACAUGGUGAAAACCUGUAUAAUUUGGGGUAACAGUGCUGCAAGCUUUGAUG